AUGCGGCAGCCAAAAUGUGAAAAGCAGGGAAUAAAAAGAGGUGCAUGGAGUGAAGGUGAAGACAAUAAAUUAAGAGCUUUUGUUGAAAGAUUUGGUCAUCCCAAUUGGAGACAAUUGCCUAAAUAUGCUGGUCUAAUGAGAUGUGGAAAGAGUUGUAGAUUGAGAUGGAUGAAUCACUUAAGGCCUGGUUUGAAGAAAGGAAAUUAUAGUCAUGAAGAAGAACAACUCAUUAUUAAAUUACACAACGAACUCGGAAACAGAUGGUCAGCGAUAGCUGCAAAAUUACCAGGAAGAUCAGACAACAAUGUAAAAAACCAUUGGCAUGCUCAUCUUAAGAAACGUCUGAGAUUAACAAAUACCUAUUCAUCAACGUCAGAGCAAUUUACUCAUGAAUCUUCGCAGUUUGAUUCUCAAUCUUGUGAACAUGAUGAAGAUGGCUAUAAUUUAUCGAAUAUGAUAAAUGGAAUGGACUGGAUCGAAGAAAAUAAUAAUCACAUUAAGACAAUGGAACAACUUUCAAAUGUUGAGGUUGGUACAGAUUGUGAACAUAGGGCUGGUUCUUAUUAUGAAUGGGAUCUUUCUAAGGGUGAGGAAUGUGAUCAUGAGUGGAUGGAGGCUAUUAGUAAGGAAAUGGGAAGAGUAGUAGGUGACAAGUUGGAAAUCUUCAAGGAAUUGCAAGUUGGUAUGACAUUUAAGGACAUGAAAGAAGGUACAGGUUCUGAAUUAUUAUGCAUUAGCUAA